AUGGCAACCGGGGGCGGCAGUGAGGAGGCGCAGCUAGCCCAGUGCCAAGCUUAUGUUCAGCGACACAAUAUCCAGCAAUUGGUGAAGGAGGCUAUUGUCAACUUAUGCAUCCAUAAACCUGAAAAUCCGAUUCUCUUCCUCAAGGAGCACUUUGAAAAGCUUUGUGAACAGCAAUCGCAGUGUCGGUUGGUUACUUGCUUGGCUAGCUGGUUGGGUAGUCGUGGUGCUGCUGAUGCUAGUAUAGCUGCUGCUACUCAUAUUACUGGCUUGAUGGGUCAACAACUAAGCCGACGGCGACGUCGUACGACAAGCGGUAUUACAAGUGGCGAUGUUCAAUCGAAUAUAACUGCUGCUGCUGCAGCAACAUCCGAUUCACCAGCAACUAAUGCCAAUGCCUCAUCCACCUUGCAGCCGGACUCAAGUCAUGGAGCUGAACCUAUCGAUGACGAUGAUACGAUCGAUGAACCACCAAAGUUGCCGCAGGGAAACCGGCGGCGACUUGGAGUGAGCGCUGAGGUACCAGACGAGAAUGAGGCUGCUAAUUAUGAUAAAGUUGUCAUUCCAAAAGACGAAGAAACAAGAAGGGCGCUUGAAGCGGCGAUGUGCAAAAAUAUUCUUUUCUCUCAUCUUGAGGGUGAUGAGAAGAAGGCCAUUUUCGAUGCCAUGUUUCCAGUUGAGAAAAAGAAAGGCGAAACAAUCAUUGAGCAAGGCGAAGAGGGCGAUAACUUUUAUGUUAUUGAUUCAGGCGAGGUAGACGUUUUCGUGAACAAUGAAUAUGCGGUUUCGAUUAAAGAAGGUGGGAGUUUUGGUGAGUUGGCACUCAUCUAUGGUACACCACGUGCUGCUACGGUCAUUGCCAAAUCGGAUAUUGUGAAAUGCUGGGCCAUCGAUCGUACCACUUAUCGUCAGAUCCUUAUGGGUGCCACAAUGCGCAAACGAAAGAUGUACGACGAAUUUCUUUCAAAAGUUCAAAUACUUUCUGAUCUCGAUAAGUGGGAACGUGCCAAUGUUGCGGAUGCUUUGGAGCGUUGUGAUUUUGAGCCGGGAACACACGUUGUUGAGCAGGGUCAGCCGGGUGAUGAAUUUUUCAUUAUUGUAGAAGGUGAAGCAGAUGUUUUGCAAAAGCGCAGUGAUGAUGCGCCUUUCGAAAACGUCGGUCACUUGUCUUCUUCUGAUUAUUUUGGUGAAAUCGCAUUACUGUUGGAUCGACCGCGUGCAGCGACAGUAGUUGCGAAAACGCAUCUGAAGUGUGUGAAACUGGAUCGAGCUCGAUUCGAACGUGUUAUGGGACCGGUGCGUGAGAUUCUGAAGCGGGACGUAUCCAAUUACAACUCCUAUGUGAAACUUAUGACUUAA